AUGCUGAAUUCCGGGUACAUCUGGCGUCAACUGACUUCUCCAACCGUUGCCAUAACACUAUCUGUUAGUUCAGUUAUCUAUGUAACUGUCAUUUGUCCACUCGUUUUUCUGUUUCUUUUCGGAGACAAUUCGAAUGUUUUGGAGAAUGAUCAAUGUCCGAUCCAAAUGAGUGAACUUCGAGAUAGAGUGAAUCUUGUCAAGGAGCAAAUCCAUGAAAACAUUCGACAGAAAAGAGAAUUGGCAUCAUGUUGUGUUGGACCGCCUGGGAUGAAAGGGUUUCCUGGAAAGAAUUCAAGAGACGGAUACGAUGGAGAAGCAGGUCGUGAUGGUCAACCAGGUCGUCCAGCAGAUGGAGACAGUAGAAUGAUUUGUAUCAGAGAAUGUCCAGCAGGACGUCCGGGAAGAGAAGGUGGCGAUGGACCAAAAGGACAGAAAGGACAACGAGGAAGAACUGGUCAACAGGGAGAUUCAGCACCACCAUCAAUUCGAGGAGAGCCUGGAGAAAGAGGAGAAAAAGGAUUCCCGGGUGUAGCCGGACCUGCUGGAGAACCGGGAGAACCUGGAAGAGUGUAUGUAUCAGAUGGUCCACCUGGAAAAGAUGGGGAGACUGGACCACGUGGACCACCUGGAGAAAAAGGAAGAACCGGAAGAAAUGGAGAAGAUGGAUUACCAGGAGAAAGAGGAGAAAGAGGAUAUCAAGGAUUGAAAGGAGAAAUUGGGAAGAGGGGUCCGAUGGGAACAUUCGGUCCGAUUGGACCAAAAGGAGAACCAUGGCCAUGCGAAUCUUGUCCACCAACACGAGUCAGUCCUGGAUAUUAUCUCAAUUCUCGGAAUAAGAAACAUUGA